GUCAAGCAGUAUUACAAAGAGAGGCAUACUAUCUGAUAUUCAAAGACUUUUUGACCCACUGGGAUGGAUCGCCCCUAGCUUAAUUUUGGCUAAGAUACUCAUACAAAGGCUAUGGCUAGAACCGAUUGGCUGGGAUGACGAGAUUAACCAAUCGCUGUUACACGAUUGGCUGACAAUUAGAGAAGACUUUGAACAUGUAAAAGAGAUGGGUAUUCCAAGAUGGCUAAACACAGUAAGCACACAGAUGGAAAACAUCGAGGUUCAUGGUUUCAGCGAUGCUUCCAUGAAAGCUUAUGCCGCGGUAGCUUACAUUCGUGUGAAGAGGAAAGAUGGUUCAGUAUUCACCAAUCUAUUAGCUGCUCGUACUAGAGUGGCACCACUCCGUACCGUGUCUCUACCACGCCUGGAGUUAUGUGGGGCGCUGUUAUUAGCAAGGCUAGUUAAGCAAAUAGAAAAUGCAAUGCGUAUACCUACUUCUAACAUCUAUGCAUGGACAGACUCAUCAAUUGUUCUUGCAUGGCUAUCUGGUGAUCCUCAUAGAUGGAAGACAUUCGUGGCGAACCGGGUCGUAGAAAUUGUAGAGAAUGUAAACACACACCGAUGGUUCCAUGUAGCUUCGGAAGAGAAUCCUGCAGACAUCGGGUCGCGAGGCAUGCUGCUGGCGGACUUGAAACAGAAAGAGUUGUGGUGGACAGGGCCCAAGUGGUUAUGCAAAAAAGAAAUAAUAUACAGUAAGCCAGGAAUAACGGAAACAGAAUUAGAAAUGAAACCAAUAAAAUUAAAUACUUACCACAAUGCAGAAGAAUUAAAACCAUUAACCGCUCGGUUUGAAGAUUUUGAUACGUUACCAGAAUUACUAAAAACUAUUAUUUACUGUAAAAGAUUUUUAAGAUACAAAAGUAAUUUAAGUACGAACAAGGAAAUAACUACACAAGAAUUAGAAGAGGCGCUUAUCACAUGCAUUAAGUUAGUACAACAAGAAUUCAAAGAAGAAAGAGAUCGGCUAAGAGAUAAGAAACAAGUUAGAAAAAAAAAGUAAAUUACGAUCGCUAAACCCAUACCUGGAUGAGAAUCAUAUCCUCAGGGUGGGCGGUCGCCUUAAACAUACUAACUUACCUGAUGACCGAAAACACCCAAUUAUUCUUGGAAAUAAGAACACCCUAGUACACUUGAUCGUUGCUGACGCCCAUAUCAAGACACUACAUGGAGGGGUUCAGUUAAUGCUAUGUUAUCUCAGAUCAAAAUAUUGGAUCCUAAGGGCAAAAUCAAUAACAAAAUUAUGUCGUUUGCCGAUUCUCUACCAAUGUCACUGUAGCAAUAUUAUACUAAGUCGCAAGUUAAGCAUAUUGUAUUAUGAUGUCUAGUAUUUAAGCAACCUUUAUUUCGUUUUGUAAAAUAUUGUUUUGAAGUCACCUUGACGUUGUAAUUAGUGCAAUAGAUUUAGAAAGAACUUAGUAGUCCUUUGGUGGGCGGUAUGUUGUUACUAACCUUAUACUCUUUGCUAAUUACGAUAUUUUUACUUGUCAAAAUUUAA